CAACAAGGGUCUGUACCGACACGCGGUGCGCCAAAAGUCUAUAUAACUCGAUCCUCAGACUUACUAGUUCGCAAGCGAAGGUGAAAAAAGCCCUAGCGAGUCGAUUCUCGGACUCGUGAGAAUCCUGUGCAGCUGAUUUAACAUCUAGAAGACAGCGAUGGCAUCAAAAAGGAUUCAGAAGGAGUUAAAGGAUUUGCAGAAGGACCCUCCUGCUUCUUGCAGUGCUGGCCCUGUUGGUGAAGACAUGUUCCAUUGGCAAGCAACAAUUAUGGGCCCAGCAGACAGCCCAUUUACUGGAGGGGUGUUUCUGGUGUCGAUUCACUUCCCGCCUGAUUAUCCCUUUAAGCCUCCAAAGGUUGCCUUUAAAACCAAAGUUUUCCAUCCAAACAUCAACAGCAAUGGUAGCAUCUGCCUUGACAUUCUCAAGGAGCAGUGGAGCCCUGCACUUACAAUAUCCAAGGUGCUGCUUUCAAUCUGCUCGUUGUUGACAGAUCCAAACCCAGAUGAUCCUCUGGUGCCUGAGAUUGCUCAUAUGUACAAGACUGACAGAGUCAAGUAUGAGAGCACUGCCCGAUCUUGGACCCAGAAGUAUGCUAUGGGAUAAGACCUCAUAAUAUGCAUUUAAAUUAUGUGAUGUUUUUAUGUUGUUAGUAAAUAAAUAGAAAAAGAACAACGAUUCUGAAGAUCAAGAACUUUGGUCAGUUCUGUUCUUUCUCCUUGGUUUCAAGGAGUUCGAUCAUGCUUUUCUCUGGAACUUGGAUGUGUUCUUCAUUUCAGAUGGUCAUAUAUUGGAAUCGAGGUUAUAUACUCUUGCUCUAUAAUUUAGUUCAUAGUGUGUGCGUGCCCAUUUUUUGUUUUUGCUUGUAUAAAAGGGUAGGGGUAAUCGAUCAUGAGCGUUUUCCACUGUGGAAUGUCCGAUUUGAAUUAUAGCUACGAAGUCAGAAGGGUAGUCCGUCAUUAUAGCACUCAACAAAGUCGAACUCACGACCCUAAAGGGUUAUGAUUGACCACUAGUUCGGGUGAUGUGUGCCCAAUUUAAUUCCACAGCAGAUGUGCAAACUUAUGUUGA